AUGGGCUCAGAUACACUCAUGCGACGGUGCUACAUUCGACCUCUCUACCUUGUGCCGGCUGGAUUUCUCUCCACUCUGUCUCUGCAAACACUGACCGCAUCCAGGCGAAAAAUGGGACUCUUCGUUUUCGUUUGUUUGCUGCUUCGCUCCACCUUGGGCGUCACCGUUUGCGAUGUACCAAGUUCCUGGCGCAGGAAGCACGUCACUUUCCAUGCUUUUCUGCCAGUGCUUACGUCCAGCAUUGGUUCUCUUUUGGCUGUUUUGCCGACUGUGCCGUGUUUUUCAGAGUGCUACACGGGUUCAUGGAGUCGCUGCAACUCUGAGUUGUCCACUGAAUCGUCGUCGGCGUACCAGCACAUUUCAUAUUUGAUCUCUCAGGCGACGAGCGAGCGAGGUUCUGCCACGCAGGAGGAUCUUCAGCUUCUCCGGUUUUGUCUGGGAACGGGAUACCUUGUCGCGUGCAUAGGCGACAACCCCACACUCAGUGGCCAGGGCUUCGCGAGAAGCGACGAGGCAGAUCGGGCUCGACUUUCGAAACUAUGCGACGACGGAGUCAUCGACGGCAGAGAUCCCCCGGAGUAUCGCCGAGCAGGGAGCCUCGGGGUCACUGAGGUUGCCUGCACGCAGCAUCUUCAAAAGUUCGGUCUCCACAGACGCGGCGUCGUGAGGUACGACGCAUGCAAGUUGUACGAGGAGUGGGCACGGGCAGACUAUGUCCCUCGGGGCAGCUACGCCAUCCCGCUGAUUUCUCUAGGGGUGACAGCUGCAGUAUUUCUCUCAAACCAGCUUUCGAAGCGCCUGGGGUCUUAA